AGAGAUAUUGGAGUAGUUAAAGCUACACAUUACACCUGGUUGUUUCUCGUUGACCUCCCCUACAGCUGGCAAAAGCCACCGUGUGAGAUUUUAUUAUACCACUGACUGAUAAAAUGGCUGUUGUAUGGUUGCUCCUAAGUCUCUUCUUCUUGGGUUCAGCUGAAGCUGGGAAACUGUUGGUUAUUCCAUCAGAUGGCAGUCACUGGUUAGGGAUGAAGCCUGUUGUGGAGGAGCUGGGGAGGAGAGGAAACCAGGUGGUGGUCGUCAUCCCAGAGGCGAGUCUGAGUAUGGGUCCUUCACAGAAUACCACCACUCUGACAUAUCCAGUGAACUACACCAAGGAUGAACUACAUGCAUCAUUGGAAGGGAAUUUAACUGAAAUUCUGAGUAAUGACCUUUCUUCUGACUUGACCAAGUUUCUGGUUUUCUUUUACCAAAUGAACCUUCUUCAAAAGUUUAUAGUGAGGAAUGCAGAGGGUCUGCUCUUCAAUGAGGACUUGAUGAAGAAGCUUCAAGACUACAGAUUUGAUGCUAUUCUCACUGACCCGUUUGAACCUGUUGGGGUCAUUGUCAGUGAAUAUCUCUCCAUUCCAGCUAUUUAUAUGCAAAUAAACCUUCCUUGUGGUGUCGACGCUCUUGCCAGCCAAUGCCCAAGUCCUCCUUCUUAUGUUCCACAACGUAAUACACACUUUACAGACCAGAUGAAUUUGUGGCAAAGGUGUGUCAACUUUGUAAGGACUCUCCUGCAGCCCAUGGCUUGUAGAUACAUGCAUACUUGCGCAGAUGAGAUCGCCUCACGUGUACUGCAGAGAAAAGCGUCUUUGAUGGAAAUUAUGAGCCGUGCAGCUCUUUGGUUUAUGCGCUUCGACUUUGCCUUUGAAUUCCCACGACCGUUGAUGCCUAACAUGAUCAUGAUUGGAGGAAUGGCAACUAAGAAGCCAAAACCAUUGUCACAAGAGCUGGAGGAGUUUGCGAAUGGUUCUGGAGAGCAUGGGUUUGUGGUCUUCACUCUGGGCUCCAUGGUGUCACAGUUACCCGAGGCCAAAGCCAGAGAGUUCUUUGAGGCAUUUAGGCAGAUACCUCAGAGGGUGCUCUGGAGGUACACUGGACCAGUCCCUGAAAAUGCUCCAAAGAAUGUCAAACUGAUGAAAUGGCUUCCACAAAAUGAUCUCUUGGGCCAUCCUAAGGUUAAGGCUUUUAUUACGCAUGGCGGAUCACAUGGAAUCUAUGAAGGAAUCUGUAAUGGGGUGCCAAUGGUGAUGCUUCCUCUGUUUGGAGACCAAGGGGAUAAUGCCCAGCGUUUAGUGGCUCGAGGUGUUGCAGAAGCCCUGAGUAUCUUUGAUGUAACCUCAGAAAAACUGCUGGUUGCAUUGAGAAAGGUCCUCGAUGACAAAAGCUACAAGGAGAAGAUGUUAGAGCUUUCAGCUAUUCACAGAGACCGUCCCAUUGAGCCUCUGGACCUGGCUGUGUUCUGGACUGAGUUUGUCAUGAGGCACAAAGGGGCAGAUCAUCUCAGAUCCGCAGCCCAUGAGCUGAACUGGAUUCAGUAUCAUUCCCUGGACGUCAUUGGCUUUCUCAUUCUCAUUCUAGUGACUGUUAUUUUUGUGACCGUCAAAAGCUGCAUGUUCUGUUUCAGGAAGUGCUUCAAGAAAACUCUGAAAAAUAAGAAGGAGUAGAUACAUAAAGUCAACUUUUUGUCCCUUUUCGUGGGGUGAUUGUAAGAAAUCUCUUUAAUCUGUGUUUUUUGUAACUUUAAUACCUCCAUGACUUGAAUAAAGCCUCACAAAACCUA